AUGGAGGUAAACGGAGCUCGAACUGAACCGAAUUCUGAAUCGUCGUCUCCAAUUUUCCAUCCAUUGAAGAAGAGAGCUAGGAAAUCUGAAAACGACUAUGAAGACAUGGUAAUUGAGGAGGGCGCAACAAUAAAUAUGAUGGAAGGAACCAGUGACGGAGUCUCAGGAUACCGUUAUCUUGAACAUCCAGCUGAUGUGCAGGUUCAUUCAUGGGGUCCAGAUUUGGCGUCAGCCUUGGCUCAAGCCGUCACUGCCACAUAUGGCUAUAUGACUGAUCUGGAAUAUGUCGAGGAACAGUUCUCGAUGUUUUACACAGCCAAAGCCAAUGAUCUGCAGGGAUUGGUUAUUGCCGUUAUGGAAGAGGCUCUUUGUGGUUUCCAAUCCGAACCAUUUUUCAUAGGACGACGAGUUGUUAUAGAAAAAUUGGAUUUAGAGACAUGGUCGGCUGAGUUUCAAGCUAAGAUGCGGAAAAAAGAAAAGCAUGUAAAGCAUAAAGAAGAAGAAGAAGUCGAUAUCAAAGAAGAGGUUCAUGAUGAUGCUAACGAGAAAAUUGAACAGAAUGGAUCUGCCACCGAUACUGCUCAGAUACCAUCCUCUGCUCCAGUUAUUGACGAUGUCGAAUCGUUUUUUGCUGGAGGAAAAGUGUUUGAUAGUUUGAAGGGUAAAGUUAACGACAGGAUACUCGAGUCUGUUCGCAAGAUGGGAUUCACAUCAAUGACGGAAAUUCAAGCAAAAAGUAUUGAGCCGCUGCUGGAGGGACGUGACGUACUGGCAUCUGCUAAGACAGGCUCUGGGAAAACCUUGGCUUUCUUGAUACCAGCCAUCGAAUUGUUGUUGAAACUAGAAUGGAAGCAGUACAAUGGUACUGGCGUAAUAAUUGUAUCGCCAACACGAGAACUGUCAAUGCAAACAUAUGGCGUGCUCACGGAGUUGGUAGAAGGAACUAAUCUCAGCCAUGGGUUGGUGAUGGGAGGAUCGAAUAGAAGCGCGGAGCAAGAAAAGUUGGCUAAAGGUGUUUCUAUACUAGUGGCUACUCCUGGUCGUCUUUUGGAUCAUCUUCAGAACACGGAACCAUUCUUGGUGAAAAAUAUGAAAUGUCUUGUGAUUGACGAAGCGGAUCGGAUUCUCGAUAUAGGGUUUGAGCUCGAAAUGCAACAGAUUCUUCGAUAUUUGCCAAGGAAACGCCAGACCAUGCUUUUUUCGGCCACUCACACUCCUAAGGUUGAUGAGCUUGUUAAAAUAUCACUUCAUUCGAAUCCAGUCAAGCUAUCUGUUGCAGAAAAAAGUGAGGUUGCAACUGUAGAGGGUUUGCAACAGGGCUACGUCGUGUGUCCUUCUGAGAAGCGGUUUUUAAUGUUGUUUACGUUUUUGAAAAAGAACAAGAAUAAGAAGGUUAUGGUGUUUUUCUCUUCAUGUAAUUCUGUGAAAUAUCAUCAUGAGUUGUUGAACUACAUUGACAUUCCUUGUAUGUCUAUUCAUGGGAAGCAAAAACAAGCGAAGCGUACUUCGACGUUCUUCCAGUUUUGCCAGGCGGAAACUGGAAUUUUGUUGUGUACUGACGUUGCGGCAAGGGGUCUGGAUAUCCCAGCUGUUGAUUGGAUUGUUCAGUACGAUCCACCCGACGAGCCGCGUGAAUACAUUCACCGAGUUGGACGAACAGCACGAGGGAAGGAUGGACGUGGAAACGCCUUGCUGGUGCUCCGACCGGAAGAGCUUGGUUUUCUUCGAUAUCUACGAGCAGCAAAAGUGGUACUCAAUGAAUAUGAGUUCUCAUGGUCUAAGAUCGCCAAUAUACAAUCACAAUUGGAAAAUCUCAUCGAUAAGAAUUACUACUUGAACAAGUCUGCCAAAGAGGCCUACAAGUGCUACGUGAGGGCCUAUGACUCACAUUCUCUCAAGGAUAUUUUCGAUGUGAAUAAUCUUGAUUUGAUAGCCGUGUGCAAGUCCUUUGGAUUUUCGGUCCCACCAUUCGUUGACAUGCCUAUAUCACACAAGCCAAAGGGCAUGAGGGGAGGAUUGUCGUUCAAGUAA